AAGGAGGAGGAGGAGGAGGAGGAAGAGGAGGAGGAGGAGGUGGCGGUGGCGGUGGAGAAGGCGCAGGUAGUGGAAGGGCUGGAGAUAUUAGAAGAAGAAGAAGUAGAAGUAGAAGUAGAAGAAGAAGAAGAAGAAGAAGAAGAAGACGAAGAAGAAGAAGAAGAAGAAGAAGAAUACGAUGAGGACGAAAGUAACAAAGAAGAUGAUGAUGGAAGAAGCAUAUAAAAAGCGUGUAAAAUUUUCU